AUGGAUCCCGAUUAUCUGGAUGGUUGCAAAGAUCCAUACAUUUGCAAUGUCCAUUUUGAUGCGAAUCAAUUCCUAUACGAAGGAGAUCACGUCUACUGGAGAAAGGAUCCAUUCCCAAGAUUUCGGCAAAGGCGUAGCAUUCUAGCGGAUCCUUUUCCAUGGGAAGUGACCUUGAAUUCUAGCAAAAAACAAACAUCCCAAGAAGCACAACCAUAUCGAAUGAGGCAUGGAGUACAACACGAGCAUAAAGUCACUUUUCGGGAAUCUUUCUUCAAGAGUAAGUCCAAAUCGUCACAUCCAGUUGCUGUUGUAUCUCUGCCUGAAAAUCCCAACAUUUUCUACGAGUUUUCCUAUACACGGACCUCAGCUGUCGAUUCGAGCAAGUUCUACUCAUGCCUGACUUGCAGAAAAGCAAAAAUCGACACGCGGGUGAAAGAUGUAAUUCGCACUAUUCACAUCAAAGAUGGUACGAUUCGCAGUCGUGGCGAUCCGUUUUGGGGGCAUCAUUUCGCAUGCCGUCCUUUUACAUGUGUUGAUGAUCCUGAGUCCUUACGAGCUGAUGCCAACCUGAACCACCUGGAUAAUAAUGCUCAUCACGUACAAAGGAUUCCGACUGUCCUUCAGAAGGAUCCAGAAUGGGGUAUUUACUAA